AUGUCGUCUGCUGCUACAUUGACCGAUUAUGCCGAACUCUUAGGGCCAGCAGAAGCAGGAACCCUGGAAGGAAACGCCUGGCAAGUGUGGAACAAGGCUGGUGCUGGUCAAGCGAAGGACCGUUUAGGAGCACUUAAUCUCCUCACCCCUGCCACCAUCUUACAGGCCAGAGAUGAAAUCCAGAAGGGCAUCCGGGUCCAGCUCGAUUGGUCUCUGGAGAAUCUUGAUGUUGCACUUGCCAACCGACAGAAACUGGUCCAGAAGGUCAUCGACUACUACCAAGUAAACGGAAAAUACGUCCACGAUGAUGUUCUCACCUUCAAUACUCAGAUAGGUAGCCAAUGGGAUGGCUUUGGCCAUUACGCCGAACAGAGCACGGGGACCUUCUACAACAACGUCAAGUAUGCGGAGAUUGCGCCGUCAAAGAAUGAGUUUCUGGGAAUCCAUAACUGGUGCAACAGCGGUGGUAUUGUAGGCAGAGGGGUACUUCUGGACUACGUGCAUUAUCGAGAGGCACGUGGACUUGAACUGCCCGACCCUUGGACCCGACAUGAAGUGCCCAUUGCGGAACUCGAUCAAGUGGCCGCCUUCCAAAACGUGACCUUCAAGCCGGGAGAUAUUCUCUUGGUACGACUGGGAUUCGUGCGUCGCUACGAGCAGGCGUCCCCGAAGGAGCGGCAAGAAGCAAUGGACCGAAAGCCCUGCGCCGCCAUCGGCAUCCAGGCCAACGAGCAGUCGAGGGACUGGCUUUGGAACCAUCAUUUCAGUGCCGUGGCUGGCGACACGCUGACCUUUGAAGCAUACCCAUUCGAUUCCACCGGAAUUGUGCUUCAUGAAUACCUGCUUCCGAGAUUUGGCAUGCCGAUUGGCGAGAUGUUCAAUCUGGAGCAACUGUCUGAAGUGUGCAAGGCCGAAAAGCGGUGGGAAUUCUUCUUCACCAGCGCCCCGUUGAAUGUCCCAGGAGGCUUCGCGAGUCCCCCCAAUGCAAUUGCAGUCUUGUAG